AUGCAGACCCGCACCAUCUGGCGGGACCUGGACCCGACAUGGGACGAAUGGUUCCAGGUGGACAACGUUGACCCGGGCACCGUGGUGACGCUGUCGGUGUGGGACAAGGACACCUGCAGCACCGAUGAUCUGAUGGGCUCUGUGGCCUGGAGGUUUGACCCGCUCAGCGACGACAGCAGCGGGUAUCAGCAGUCGCAGCGCGCGCACAAGGCGUCCAGCAAGAGGCAGCAGCUGCUCGCGGCCCUGGGCGGCGCCACGGCCGCGCUCGGCGGCGCCGCCGCCGCCGUCAUGCGCGCGCCCGCCGGAGCGCAGCCCGGCGACGCCGCUGUCGUGCCGGCGGCCGCCGCCGCCGCCGCGGCGCGAGAGGGCGCGUUCUGUCCCUUCCCGCAGCAGCAGGUCGCCGGCCAACCUGGCGUGACCGAGGUCACCCUGCGGCUGGAGCACCCGACCCGGCGCGGGGCAGCUGCCGGGAAGCUGCACCUGCAGGUCGCGUCGCGGCCGAGCGCGGCGCCGGGCGCGCCGCGCAUGCAGGGGCCUGUGAGGUGUCGCCAGAAUCUAUCCCUGCUGGCUGGCAUGGUGCUGGGGAAGUGGGGGGAGUCGCAGGUGAGCUGGCGGGUGGGUGGUGGGGCGGUGGGGCGGCCCCUGCGCUGUCGGCGGGGCUGGGGGUGGUAUGAGUCCAUGUGA